CCAGACAUCAGUCAGUCACUCUGGAAGAUCGUGAGGGAGAGUUCACAGCUGUGAUUCUAAGCUGUGAGUCAACUGAACUGUGAGUCUGCAAUGUACUUGCAAUAAAUGAUUUGUUAGCCCUUAAUGAAAGUGUUGUUUGGCCUGCACUGUGCUCGAAACUGCAAUGGAAGCGGAAAUGAAAUGAAAAUGUAAUGAGUUGUUUGGCCUGCCCUGUGCUUGAAACAGCAAUGGAAGUGGAAAUUAGAUGAAAAUGCAAUGUGUUGUUUGGCCUGCCCUGUGCUUGAAACCGCAAUGGAAGUGGAAAUGAAGUGAAAAUGCAAUGAGUGGAAUGAGCUUCCAGUGGAAGUGGUGGAGGCAGGUUCGAUUUUAUCAUUUAAAAAUAAAUUGGAUAGAUAUAUGGACUGGAAAGGAAUGGAGGGUUAUGGUCAUAUGGUUAUAUGAGUUGUUUGGCCUGCCCUGUGCUUGAAAUUGAAAUGGAAGUGGAAAUGAAAUGAAAAUGCAAUGAAUUGUUUUGGCCUGCCCUGUGAUUGAAACUGCAAUGGAAGUGGAAAUUAAAUGAAAAUGCAAUGAGUUGUUUGGCCUGCACUGUGCUUGAACCUGCAAUGGAAAUGGAAAUGGAAAUGAAAUGAAAUUGAAUUUAGCUGCUUGGCCUGCCAUGUGCUUGAAAUGGAAAUGGAAAUGGAAAUGGAAAUGGAAAUGGAAAUGGAAAUGGAAAUGAAAUGAAAAUGAAAUGAGUUGUUUGGCCUGCCCUGUGCUUGAAAUGGAAAUGGAAAUGAAAUGAGUUGUUUGGUCUGCCUGAAAACAUUAACUUCGGCCCACAAGGACCCCAUUAGCCAAGAAAUCAAUCCCCUUUGCGCAAAAUGCCCGUAUUAGCCCAGGAGGAGGAUUUUGGCCCAAAAGGCCAGUGCCAGGCCUGGAAAAGACCAGAAAAAAAGUGCCUUUCACUGAGAUUUCACUUAGCUUCUUUCUUAAAAAGAGUCCCUUCAGCCCAUCAGUAUGUAUUCCCCCUGCAAGUAUUAAACCUCACCCCAGUAUUUUUCUCCUUCCCUUCACUGGCUCUCUGUGAGAUCCAGGCCAGGAUAGACUUUCCUCCUUCAUGGCUGUGAUCUGCAGAAAAAGAUGAAAAAUGUCUAAAAUUGAUUCUCCACCCUCUCACCCUUCUCUCUCACACAGUUUCUCACAUGUUUUGGGCAGAAAUUCUGGCAGUUUCUGAGCUACCAGCCCACCAGGGUUGAGUGACUGAGCUACCAGCCCACCAGGGUUGAGUGACUGAGCUGCCAGCCCACCAGGCCUGAGUGACUGAGCUGCCAGCCCACCACGCCUGAGCGACUGAGCUGCCAGCCCACCAAGCCUGAGUGACUGAGCUGCCAGCCCACCAGGCCUGAGUGACUGAGCUGCCAGCCCAAGAAUCCAUUCGGCCCACAAUGUCCAUACUAGCCCUCUGUAAACCAGUUCCUUGGCCUACAACACCCAUACUAGCGCUGCCACCCCCCACCCCUCCCCCCCACUGACCACCAAUAUUGGAAUUGGUGGAGAGGUGGAAUAAUGGGUCCCACUUAGUCUAGUCCACUAUAAACCCACUGACUCCCAUGGCUAUCUGGACUACACUUCUUCCCUGCUUCCUGUAAGGACUCCAUCCCCUAGUCCCAAUUCCUCCGUCUACGCCACAUCUGCAUCCAGGAAGAGGUGUUCCAAAUCAUGGAGCAGAGAUGUCCUCAUUCUUCAGGGAACGCGGGUUCCCUUCUACUUAUGAUAAGGUUCUCACCAGGGUCUCUUCUAUACCACGUAACUCUGCCCUCACUCCUCAUCCCCUCACUCGUAACAAGGGCAGAGUCCCCCUUGUCCUCACCUUCCACCCUACCAGCCAUCAAAUACAACAAAUAAUCCUCCGACAUUUUUGCCACCUCCAACGGGAUCCCACCACUGGCCACAUCUCCCCAUCUCCUCCGCUGUCUGUUUUCCGCAGAGACCACUCCCUCCGUAACUCCCUGAGCUGCCAGGCCACCAGGCCUGAGUGACUGAGUUGCCAGUCCACCAGAAACAUAGGAACAUAGAAAAUAGGUGCAGGAGUAGGCCAUUGGGCCCUUCGAGCCUGCCCCGCCAUUCAACACGAUCAUGGCUGAUCGUCCAACUCGGUAUCCCAUACCUGCCUUCUCUCCAUACUCCCUGAUCCCUUUAGCCACAAGGGCCACAUCUAACUCCCUCUUAAAUAUAAUCAAUGAACUGGCCUCAACUACCUUCUGUGGCAGAGAAUUCCACAGAUUCACCACUCUCCUGGCACUUUCCCCGGCAACCGCAGGAAAUCUACACUUGUCGCUUUACCUCACCCCUUGACUCCAUUCAUGGACCCAAGCAGUCUUUCCAGGUGCGACAGAGGUUCACCUGCACCACCUCCAACCUCAUCUAUUGCAUCCGCUACUCUAGGUGUCAGCUGCUCUACAUUGGUGAGACCAAGCGCAGGCUUGGCGAUCGCUUCGCCCAACACCUCCACUCGGUUCGCAUUAACCUACCUGAUCUCCCGGUGGAUCAGCACUUCAUCUCCCCCUCCCAUUCCGAAUCCGACCUUUCUGUCCUGGGCCUCCUCCAUGGCCAGAGUGAGGACCACCGUAAAUUGUAGGCGCAGCACCUCAUAUUUCGCUUGGGCAGUUUGCACCCCAGCGGUUUGAAUAUUGACUUUUCUAAUUUCAGGUAGUCCCUGCUUUCUCCUCUCCUUCCCAGCUCUCCCUCAGCCCACUGCUCCGCAUCUUCCUUUCUUCUUUGCACCUCCCCCACCCUCACAAUAGUCUGAAGAAGGUCUAGACCGGAAACGUUGAAUAUUUCCUUCGCUCCAUAGAUGCUGCCUCACCUGCUGAGUUUCUCCAGCAUUUUUGUCUACCUUCGAUUUUCCAACAUCUGCAGUUCCUUCUUAAGCAAACUGGAUGACGGAAUUGAUGGCUUUUUGUCCAAGUAAGGAAGUGGCAGAUGGAAUGCAGCAUUGCAAAGUGUAAGGUCAUGCACUUUGGUAGAAGGAAUGAAGGCAUAGACUAUUAUAUACAGUAAAUCGAGAGAUGAUUUAGAAAUUGAAGGUACAAAAGGAUUUGGGGGUACUGUUGCACAAUUUGCGAAAUGUUAAUUUGCAGAUUAAGUUAGUGGUGAGGCAGGCUAUGUUGGGCUUCAUUUAGAGAGGACUGUUGUAACGCUGUAAUGCUGUCAUGCUGAGGCUUUACAACAACUGGCCAGGCCAUAUUUAGUUAAGCAAUUUGGACCAUAUCUGAGGAAGGAUCAUAAGAUCAUAAGUGCGCUGGCAUUGGAGGGGGUCCAGAGGAGGUUUACGAGAACGAUCCCCGGGAUGAUUGCGUUAACCUAUGAGGAGUCUUUGAGGACGUUGAGCCUGUACUCACUGAAGUUUAGAAGGAUGUGAAGGGACCUCAUUAAAACCUACUGGAUAAUGAGAGGCCUGGAUAGAGUGAAUGGAGAGAGUAUAUUUCCACUAGUGGGAGAGUCUAGGACCAGAGGAUACAGCCGCAAAAUAAAAGGAUAUACAUUUAGAAAGAUAAGGAGGAAUUUCUCUCCCCGGAGGGUGGUGAAUCUGUAAUUCAUUGUCACAGAUGGCUGUGGAGGCCGUCAUUGGGCAUUUUUAAAAAAGAUUGAUAGAUUCUUGAUUAAUAAGGGUAUCAAGAAUUAUUUGAGAGAUGGCAGGAGAAUGGGAUGGAGAGGGGAAAAUGGAUCAGCCAUGAUUGAAUGUUGGAGUAGACUCGAUGGGCUGAGUGGUCUAAUCCUGCUCCUAUGUCAUAUGGUCCGUAUGGAACCACAGAUGAAGGAAUCUUGCGUAGAAAUGGGAGCUUCAGAUGGCCAAGGAAUGGCAAUCUGUAGCUCCUAUUUACAAGACAUUUUAAUUUGUUUUCCUAUUCCCAAAUCAAUUUGUCUGGCCUUAAACUUUUCUAAUGCCAGCGUGAAAUCAUACACAAACUAGAGGAAUAGCACCUCAUAUUCUGCAUGGGUAGUCUACAAGCCACAGGCAUGAACACUGAAUUCUCCAAUCUUGGCUGAUCUCUCCCUCCUUUGGGUCUUUCUCUCUCCUCAUUUGCCCACGUCCUCUCACACACUCUGUGCUUCCCAAAUCCCCAUCCCACUCCUGUCAUCAGUUUCCAUAUAACCAUAUAACAAUUACAUAUAACAAUUACAGCACGGAAACGGGCCAUCUCGGCCCUUCUAGUCCGUGCCGAACACAUACUCUCACCUAGUCCCAUCUACCUGCACUCAGACUAUAACCCUGCAUUCCUUUCCCAUCCAUAUACCUAUCAAAAUUUAUUUUUAAAUGAUAAAAUUGAACCUGCCUCCACCACUUCCACUGGAAGCUCAUUCCACACAGCCACCACUCACUGAGUAAAGAAGUUCCCCCUCAUGUUGCCCCUAAACUUUUGACCCUUAAUUCUCAAAUCAUGUCCUCUUGUUUGAAUCUUCCCUACUCUCAAUGGAAAAAGCUUAUCCACGUCAACUCUGUCUAUCCCUCUCAUAAUUUUAAAGACAUCUAUCAAGUCCCCCCUCAACCUUCUGCACUCCAGAGAAUAAAGACCUAACUUAUUCAACCUUUCUCUGUAACUUAGUUGUUGAAACCCAGGCAACAUUCUAGUAAAUCUCCUCUGUACUCUCUCUAUUUUGUUGACAUCCUUCCUAUAAUUAGGCGACCAGAAUUGUACACCAUACUCCAGAUUUGGUCUCACCAAUGCCUUGUACAAUUUUAACAUUACAUUCCAACUUCUAUACUCAAUGCUCUGAUUUAAAAAGGCCAGCUCACCAAAAGCUUUCUUUACCACCUUAUCUACAUGAGAUUCCACCUUCAGGGAACUAUGCACAGUUAUUCCUAGAUCCCUCUGUUCAACUGCAUUCCUCAAUUCUCUACCAUUUACCAUGUACGUCCUAUUUUGAUUUGUCCUGCCAAGAUGUUGCACCUCACACUUAUCAGCAUUAAACUCCAUCUGCCAUCUUUCAGCCCACUCUACCAAAUGGCCUAAAUCUCUCUGUAGACUUUGAAAAUCUACUUCAUUAUCCACAACCCCACCUAUCUUAGUAUCAUCUGCAUACUUACUAAUCCAAUUUACCACACCAUCAUCCAGAUCAUUGAUGUAUAUGACAAACAACAGUGGACCCAACACAGAUCCCUGAGGUACCCCACUAGUCACCGGCCUCCAACCUGACAAACAGUCAGCCACCAUUACUCUCUGGCAUCUCCCAUUCAGCUACUGUUGAAUCCAUCUUGCUACUCCACUAUUAAUACGCAACAAUUGAACCUUCUUAACCAACCUUCCAUGUGGAACCUUGUCAAAGGCCUUACUGAAGUCCAUAUAGACAACAUCCACUACUUUACCCUCAUCAAUUUCCCUAGUAACCUCUUCAAAUAAUUCAAGAAGUUUAGUCAAACAUGACCUUCCAGGCACUUCAACCUUCCAGGUUUAUUUCCCCUCCUCUACCUUCUCCAUGUGCUCACCAUCCGCUGGGUCCACUGUUCCCAUCUUCCCACCCUGCCUCCCUUAUCUGCUUCCACUCAUCACCUUCCUUUAUUUUCAGACUCCAACAUUCCCUGUCGUCUGUUGCCUCCACCUAACAACUCCCAACCUCCAUCACUAUCUCUACACCCGUCUCCCACCUGGCUCCAUCUGCCAACCACUCCUCUCCUUGUGCUAUCUAUUGCUUAGAACCCAGUGUGCUUGAGUAACUCAGCAGGUCAGGCAGCAUCUCAGGUGUACAUGGACAGACGACAUUUCGGGUUGAGGCCAUUCCGCAGAAACGUGCUUAUCUAUAUCCUCGAGUGAUGUUGCCUCGCCCACUCAGGUACUCCAGCCCUUCAGCUCAUUGAGUCCACACCGACCAUCAAUCGCCCGUUCACAUUAUUUCUGUUAUUCCACUUUCUCAUUCACUUCCAACACACUUGGGGCAAUUUACAGAAGCCAAUUAAACUACAAACCCACACGUCUUUGCGAUGUGGGAGGAAACCGGAGCACACAGAGGAAACCCACAAAGUCACAGGGAGAUCGUACAAACUCCACAGAGACAGCACCCGAGGUCAGAAUCGAACCUGGGGUCUCUAACGCUGAAAGGCAGCAGCUCUUCCAGCUGUGCCGCUGUGCCGUCCAAAGUGAGGCAUGGAAGGGCAAGGCCUCAUUGCCAAAAAAUGAGGCACAGAGAAAACAAAAGAAGAUAUCACAUCGUGGCAGGUUCAGAACUCAUUGAGAUGUGGGCAAAUGGGUCCAAAUGUUCCCUGCUCUCUGCUCUCUGACCCAAGGGUCAGUGAACAAUGACUGAUUGGAACCCAGGCUGAUUUAUUCCUCAGCCUGAACUAACUGACCAACUGGAAUCUGGAAUAAUUCUGCAAACACUCACAGGUGAAGCACAUUUUUGUGUUUUUAUUUGGGAGGAGAUGUUUCUGUGAAUGUGUGUACAGCAUUUUGAGUUUUAUUGUAUAUCAGUAUUGUUCUAUUCUGCUGCAGACUCUGGUGCCUGAGAUAAGAUCAGGUAAGGUUGGACCUCUGGCAGUUGCAAGAACUUGUGGUUGGAACUUGUCGGAAAGGAAGCCAGUGUGACCACAGUCCUAUCUGAUCUCAUGAGCCUGCAGCCUGGGGAUGUAUAAAGUCUGAGCAUCCCACUGCACAUUACAUCUACAAUAGCCUGCACCUGCCUCCACCGUGACAUGGGUCUGUCACUCCUCCUGCUCCUCUUGCUGGUGACAGCCAGCUGCUCUGGCAAAUCUAAUUUGGAAGAUCCUUCUGAUAAUAUUCUGGCACUUCAGUGGCCGGAAAACGUCUGUAAGGUGAAAGGCUGGACCGCCUGUGAAUGUGGAUAUCCAUACUGGACCAUUCAUGGCUGGUGGCCCCCCAAAGGUGGCAAGGGGAAUGAGGGGAAUAAGGAUGAGUUUAACGACAAUAAAAUAAAGGAUUUACUGAACGAGAUGAAGACCGAUUGGCCAGAUCUGGCUAACAGGAAAAAAUUUUGGUCCCAUGAGUGGAAUAAACAUGGUAAGCCUGCUGCUCAGAAAUUAACAGUGCAUGAGUACUUCAAGAAAGCUCUGGACUACUACAGUGCUUUGAAUAACUGUACAAAAAAAGGACCAGAGGUAAGGCAUGCUCAAUUAAUGGUUCUUUGUUGCAAGGUGUUUGUGUUCUGAGAUAGAAACAUAGAAAAUAGGUGCAGGAGCAGGCCAUUCAGCCCUUCGAGCCUACAUCGCCAUUCAAUACGAUCAUGGUUGAUCAUCCAACUCAGUAUCCUGUACCUGCCUUCUCUCCAUACCCCCUGAUCCCUUUAACUACAUUUAACUCCCUCUUAAAUAUAGCCAAUGAACUGGCCUCAACUACCAUACCAUAUAACCAUAUAACAAUUAAUGCACGGAAACAGGCCAUCUCGGCCCUACAAGUCCGUGCCGAACAACUUUUUUCCCUUAAUCCCACCUGCCUGGACUCAGACCA